GCCACAGCAAAUAAAUCACAUGUCCACACCAUGUCAUGUACCUGUCACAGUCCAGAGUACUGAAAAGCCUGAGGUUCAAAAAAAAUCGGAUAGUCCAAAAAUAAUCGAUCAUCGCCAGCAGGAACCAUCGUCAAUUUGGACAACCCCGGGCGCAAUACUUUCAUAACGAAAUACGAAAAACGCCGUCGGAGUUACCCUCUGUUUGAUUUACGAUCGAGGGACAUUUGGUCCAGGUGCUGCUGCUCUACGACGGGUCUGAUUUCCGAUUUCUACAAUCGCUUUCUACUGCUUGACGAUGAGGCCCGGGACCCUAUCAUGGAGAUCUUUCCUGACUCCGUCGGCUCCAACGAAAUUGAGGAGCGGCUCGACAAGCUGGACUCAUGCGCAUCCUCGGAUGUUAUUGGCACCGAAUUGCUCUCAAUUUCAUUCGACUUCGCUGUCCCUAGGUAGACGAACGCGCGAACGCAAUCGUCCUAAACCACCCAUUCACCCAUCGGUACCUUCAUUCAAAUUAUCGCCGAACGAACCUUCUCAUGUGGCUUCUUCUCGGCGAAAGUUAAUGGGGGUCAAGAGCCAGAAAAACUUGGACGAAUUUGCUUGGAAGCACGAUUCUUCUCAGAACGUCCUCCGUCGAAGAGACGGAGUGACCGGCAAGUUCGUCCAUGCCAAAGUCGAUUGGAUCGGGGACCCCAAACGGAAGUUUCUUAAAGCCAAACAAGAAGAGAAGAUCGUGAAGGAAGACAAGGCAUAUGUUGAUAAGCGGAAGAAAGAUUUCGAGAUGCCGACGGAAGAGGACGAUCAACUGGACCAAGCAAGAUCGUCGGAUCCACCCAAACAGAUGUGGAAGCUUCCGGCUCAAGAACUCAAUCGUGGUGCACCCUCACUCGUCCACGAAUACGGUAGAGAAGAACAUCAUCUAUUCACUCAUGACCAAAGGAAGGCUUUGUCUGAAUUGAGAACCCGUGCAUUCGAACAUGAGAAAAAGAGACUUGAAGUCCUCAGUCAGGGUGGGCCUGCUUCUUCCGAUCUUGCCAAUCAAGACUUUUGGGAUUACGAGAAGAACUUUCGCAGCCCCUUGUACGAUUUUUUUCGAGGUGGCCAAAUCAUGGAAGAGUGCUCGGUGUCAGAUGCCAGAUAUUCACACUGGUCUGUAGCUCAAUUGCGCAGGAAGUCGUUUGAGGAUCUCCAGGCUCUAUGGUUUAUCCUUCUGAAGGAGCGUAACAUUUUACUCGUACAACGCUCCGAAGCUCGAAGGAUCUUUGGUAGAUUGGUUGAUCCGAGUAACCCAGGAGAACCGUUGUUAACAAUUCGAAGGCAAAUCAAAGCGAUCCAAUAUUCGAUGCGAAAUAUCAAAGUGACAGUCUCUGAGCGAAGGAAAGCGAUCGACUUGAGACGAGAAUUUCUUAAAAAAUAUUAUAAAUCCCACCCUCUCCCGAGCUCAACGGGAGUGAGCACCGAGACUAACCAGCAAAUCGAUGCCGGUCGAUCAAGUUGAGACCCUGCAUGCAUGGACAGUUUCUUCAAGUCAUGUUAAGAUGACCCUACAAUUAGCACACCUCCCCAUGUCUGCAGACUCCUGCCAAAAGUCCAAAACAUUCCCACAAUUGAAGGCUACGGUCUCCUUCAUCUUCAUUGCUCUGUCUCCUCCAGUUCCCAUUUUUUUAUUCCUUGUCAGAGAUUUUUUUUCCUAAUAAAUUGCCUUCGCAAGAUACUUGACCCGUUGUAAGUUAGAACUGCUCGCUGUUAUCUUCCACGCAUUUUUUUUUGUUUUCCUCAUAGCGUAUCAAGUUGGUUUUGUCUUCAGACCCAAAUGGUACGUGUUCUUAGCCCCAAACACGACUAUAAUCCAAGGCUAAGGAGGGCGC